UUAUUUUACUUAUUAAAUUGGAUUACUUUGUCUCUUUUAAUCAGCAACUCCAACUCUUUCACUAUUUCACAUCUAACACACUCACCUUUACACCCAUCUUUCUCCACCUCCUUCACACACGCCACAACCAACAUUUUGACAUCACUCUUUUUCUCUCUCUCUACUACUACUAUUCAUAUUGAUCAUCAUACACAAAUUUAACAAAAAUCCAUUUUUAGAUUCAUCUUGUAUGAUACAUAUUCAACUUAUAUUUGUUCAAUAAUCAAAAUGAGAAACAAAUUCACCCAUCAACAUCUUCAACAACAACAACAACAACAACAACAACAACCACAACAAAGGAGCAAGUUCUUACCAAUGCUAUGCUCCUCAUCAACCAAAGAAGUGAUCAAGCUUUCGCUUUCGCAUCGGCGUAGCUCCUCCACCUGUUCCACCACCUCCUCCACCGUCUCCGAGGACCCUUUAUCACCAAAAGUUGGGUGUAUGGGCCAAGUUAAGAGAAACAACAAAGUUGUUGGUUUUCCAAGUAAGAGUUUUGUUGGUGCUUUUACUUCCACUACUACUAAUAAUAACACCAUAAAAACUGAUCAAAUUUGCACUUUUAGUAGUAGUAGUAGUAAUAGUAUUGUGAAACACCAUAAACUUAAGAGAUUUUUCUCUACAAAAAACCUCACUGGAAGUCCAACCACCAUUAUCACCACUGCUGCAACUAGGUGUGGGACCCACAAGGGGAAGAAGAAUGGAGGAAGAAGAAAUAAUGGUGAUCAUAAUAAUAUUAAGGGUAAAAGAGCAAGUGCUGUAAGAGAUGAUCAUGGUAUAAUUAUACCUAGAUCAAAGAUUAAUGAGAAUUGUGGUAAUAUAAUUAGUAGUAAAAAUGAUGAAAAUGAUAAGGGUUGUUUGGUAAAUUUAGUAGAUAUGGAUCCUCCAUUGCCAGUUGUGAAGCAGCUUCAAGGGAAUAAUAAUGGAGAAAAUACAAAUUUGUGGAAAAGAAGAUCUAAAGGAGCUCCAUUGAAGAGUUUACAGGUGCAAGUUACACAGCAGAGUUGUAGUUUAUUAGUUCAAGCAAGUACUGUAUGAGUAUUGAGUAUGAUUCUAAGGAGGAAAGUAAUAUUAAGAGUAAGAAAUUGUAAAUGUAUUAGUUUAUUUAAUUGUUUCUUAUGAU